CCCAUCUUUCGUUCUGUCUUACGCCGCAGCGUUUCUCGCUAGGUUUCGCUAGGGUUUCGAUCGUAUCGCGUUCGCCUCCCAAUCCUCGGAUCGAUGGCGGCCGCGGAGGGCGAGAAGAAGAUUACGCUCAAGAGCUCGGAGGGCGAGGAGUUCGAGGUCGACAAGGCGGUCGCCAUGGAGUCCCAGACUAUCCGCCACAUGAUCGAGGACGAGUGCGCUGACAACGCCAUCCCGCUCCCCAACGUCAACUCGAAGACCCUCUCCAUGGUCAUUGAGUACUGCAAGAAGCAUGUCCAAGCCAGCCCCAAGCCGGCCGACUCCGGCGCAGCCGCCGACGCCAGCUCCUCCGCUUCUGCGGCAGCCGCAGCGCCAGCCCCCACCGAGGACAUGAAGAGCUGGGACGCUGAGUUCAUCAAGGUCGACCAGGCCAUCCUCUUCGACCUCAUCCUGGCUGCAAAUUACCUUGACAUCAAGGGAUUGCUGGACCUUACUUGCCAGACUGUUGCCGACAUGAUCAAGGGCAAGACUCCCGAGGAGAUCCGCAAGACCUUCAACAUCAAGAAUGACUUUACACCGGAGGAGGAGGCCGAGAUCCGCAGGGAGAAUCAGUGGGCUUUUGAGUAGAGAAACAUAUAUAGGCGUUGAAUUCUGCUUAGUAUUCGUCAUGUACACGUUUAGGAGCUGCUUUUUUAGUUUUUAUUAACUCGUUGUAAUUCUUCGGAACUCGUUGGGGUCGUUAAACAUUGUAGAGAAGAGAAAC